AGAACACAAGGACCCAAGGACCCACACCUCAGUUUCAAACACUGAUUCCUAGAGAAAAUGUAACUAAUUAGGCGAAACCAAAUUUGUUUCUUGUUUUUAUAGACUUUCUGAUUUGUUUAAUAGAGGCAAGAGGGAAAAUAAAAUUAAUAAUUUAAUAAAAAAAACACUUAUGAUUGAAGCAUUUCUUUAUCAAAAGAAUAUUCACAGAAAUAUAUUAAUCAAAUUGUAUGUUAAAUCAAACUGCAUUUUAAAAAAACAACCACUUUUGCAAACUGUAGGUGGGUCCAUGAAACAAAACCUAGAUCUGUCCUCGUGCAGUACUGAUUGAUGUUCUUACAAUGACAUGAUACCACGAUUUACCCAGCAGUGUCCUUGUCUUGGCGGUAGCUUGUUCCAAUUGAUCAACUGAUUAGAUAAUUGCUGCAUCAUUGAAACCUUCUUACAUACUGUAUCCCCUACAAGGUCACACCCUAUUGAGAAGAGGGAGGGAGGACCCCUGCACAGCCAAUGUUAUGACAUACUCUAGGCUCAUAUAAAAAUGUAAUACAUUAAAUACAGCGUGUAUUACUUACUGCAACAUCUGUUACAGUUUCAGUGUUGCAGGCUUAGCCUUGCCUGUUGUUGUUGCUGCUCAUCUUUAUGAAAGUUGAAAUGCUGAUUUACCUCAUUAUUGUCUCAGGUGUAUUAUUUGUGUUGCCAUGGUAACCAGCUGUUUGGGCCACUUAGGUAACAGUGAUGUGGAGUAUCAGAGAAAAACAUGGAAGUCCAGUGAUGGAGUUGAUUGUUGGAUUAUUAUCUUGAUGUGUAGCGACUGAGAGCUUGGUGGACCUUCUAUUGGAAGGAUUAACAAAAAAAUCUUUGGAUCUCGCGUAUGGCAUUUGUCAGCUCUAGUGAUGUAAACAUGUAAUAAAGACUGGAUACCUGUGUUACCGUGUGUGCUGAAGAUGUCAGAAUGUGAGGAUACCAGUCGGAAGCGACACGUGGCGGUGACUGUGACAACAUUGACAGCAGUGACAGUGACGGCAUAAUGGGAGAAUACUCCAACUACUCCACAUACUCCCACUGUGAGGACAACUCCUUCACCCCAGAGAGUCAGACGGGUACUGUCUACAUCAGGAUAGCCAUACCGGAACUCAAAAUUCAGAAAUGCCUGCAGUUCCAGCUGGAUGAUUCUGUGUAUCAAGCCAAACAGAGGAUUCUAGCAGCCUUUUCCAAGGAUCUGCGAGACUCCAUCAACUAUGGGCUGUACCUGCCCCCCACCAAUGGCCGUGCAGGGAAGUUUCUGGAUGAGGAGAGACUACUUCAGGAGUACCCACUGCAGGGACCCAUUGGAUUCCUUGAGUUCAAGUACAAACGGAGAGUUUACAAGGUGAUGCAGAUUAACCCUCGCAAGCUCAAGCAGCUGCAUACAAAGAGUAAUCUAAAGCAUUUUAUCGAGCUGGUGAAGAAGGGAGACUUGGAUAAGAUCAAUAAACUGACCAGUAAGGGCCUUGACCCCAACUUCCAUGACCAUGAGACUGGAGAAACCCCCUUGACCCUAUCCAUAGCUCUGAGUAAGGAGAAGUCCCGUGAGAUGAUGAUAAUACUGGUGUCGGGUGGGGCACAUCUUGACUUCCGUAACAAGCAGGGUCUCACUCCCCUACACAAGGCUGCUGGACUGGGUAUCCUGGAGAAUGUUAAGACUCUCCUGGACCUGGGGGCCUCACCUAACUACAAGGAUCUGCGGGGGCUCACACCUCUCUACUAUGCUGUGUGUAAUGAAACCAACCCUCUGUGUACAGAGAUGCUUCUGCAUGAGAGAGCUUUCAUUGGACUGCAAGAUGAGCAGGGCUGGUUUGAGAUACAUCAGGCCUGUAAGUAUGGCCAUGUGCAACACCUGGAACACCUGCUGUACUAUGGGGCAGACAUGGAUGUUCAGAAUGCCAGCGGGAACACUCCUUUACAUGUGUGUGCAGUCUUCAACCAGGAAUCGUGUGCACGGGUGUUACUGUUCCGGGGCUGCAGCAAGGAGAUCCUCAACUACAACAACCAGACAGCAUUCCAGAUUGCCAUCAUUGCCAACAACAUUGACCUUGCCGAGAUCAUCAAGAAUAAUAAACCAGAGGAUGCUGUACCAUUUCGUGAAGUGCCCAAAUACAGUGAUAGGAGGAAAGGCUCCACCAUGACCCCAAGUAUGCGAGCCAUACAUCGAAGUCGGAGUGACCCACGUCUCAACAUCAGUGUCAUUGAAGAACAAAUGAUGAGACAGGGAAUGUCCAAUCACAGCUUGACACAUAUGACAGACACCUACUCCAACGGCUCAUACCCUCCGUCUCGGGAAUACAACUCGGACUCGCCACGAUCUCUCAGCGUCUCCAGCACUGGUUCAGGGCCAGGUGUCAUACCAUCAUCUCAGUAUGAAUACGAAAGAACACGUCUCUAUCCGGCUAUCCCAAGUCGCUUUGUCGUCUGUGUAAAAAAAUACCAACCAAUACACACAGCAGAGCUGAAGCUUAGGAGGGGAGAUAUUAUACAAGUGUUAAGUGUUGGGGAUCAGGGAUAUUAUGAAGGCCGAACUGAUGGGGGAAGAGAGGGAUGGUUCCCGGGGACCAAUGUGAAGGACAUCACUUUACGUAGAGCUGGUUCAAUGGGUGACCUACUUGGUGGUGAUACCGUUACUCUCAACAGAAACACACUGGCGGCCCUCAUCAACGCAGAUGAUCCUGAAUAUGCUCCGAGGAGAGUGGUGCUACACAAAGGCCCUGAAGGGUUUGGCUUUGUGCUGCGAGGUGCGAGGUCCCAGACCCAGUCCGGGACAUUGGACUUCCAGCCUACUCCCGAAUUUCCUGCUCUGCAGUACCUGGACAGUGUGGAUCAAGGUAGCCAAGCAGACAGAGUGGGCCUCAAAGCUGCGGAUUUCUUAUUGGAGAUCAAUGGAGAGAAUGUCGUUCGGGCAUCACAUGAACGAGUUGUACAGUUGAUUCGCACAGCACGCUCUACCCUGGCUAUGACAGUGGUGACAGUCCGCCCUCUUGACCGCAACAGUGAUUGGUUUGUACACCAAGAUGGUGUCAUGACGCUUCCAAAUCGCAAGAGACAAGCUCCUGCUCCUCCUCGCCGAGAUCCACAAACAUCUUUGUCCUACAGUAAAGCUACAUCUAAGUCAAUGGCAGAGGGACUUGCAGAAAUAGAAAAACUUGACCAGACUUUAGCAGAAUAUGAUGGCAAUCAGUAUGCUCGGCGGUCUUCAAUGCCCAAUGAUGGCGGAUCUGAACCUAAGACAGCAUCAGUGCGUGCAGCUCAUUCAGCCAAGAGGAUGUCUGUAGUGGAUCUGGACACCAUUCUGGUCAGUGAGAAGACAGAACAUGGCAAGACAAAGAACAAGGACUAUGUAAGUCCAUCAGAACUGCGGAUCAUGAAGUAUCACAAGAAACAGAAUGGAACCGUCAGCAACAUGGAAAGAUCCAAGAGUACACCAGAUCUUGCUGGUGAGAUGGUCUUAACUAAGCCAGAAGCCAUCUAUGCCAGGUCAGGUGUUGCAGUUGGCUCUGGAGCAGUUGGGCAAGAAAGACCUGGCCCAGGAGCAACUUGGAGCAAGUCUCAUGUGUCUCCUGUAGCAGUGAAAACCCCUGAACCCUCAAGUCUGAGGGGACCAAUAUACAUGACUCCAUCUGUGAAGAGGCCAGUUACCUACAUUGAUCCAAAAGUACUCCAAGCUGCAGUCAGUAGUGGAAGUGCAUCCAAGCUACAUCUUAGUCAGGAUGAGCCUCCAUACUCAGUUCCUCAGAUUCCAAGUCGUCAGCCAACGCCAAAACGCCCUGCGCCACCUCCUCCUCCAGUGAGGGCAGAAGUUGUCUCAAUCAGUACUACAUAUGCUAAUGUCUCAGAGGACAUCCAGAAAAAGAAGAAUCGGGAUUCUCCAUAUGAAUCUAGUUUUCGACCUGGCACUUUGGCAAGGCUGACAAAACAUCCCCAGGUAACAACAGCUUCUCUAGAACAGGCCAAACUGAAGGCUCACCAGAGAAGUGCCAGUGCUGGGAAUAUUGCUGUACCACCAGAUGCAGAGAAUGAGACAGACAAACCUGGUGUGUCUUUUGCUGAAGAUAAGGUAUAUGAAAGUGCAGCAAGUUUCAUGGAAAAACAUCCUAAUGCUACUUUGCUUGUGACUGCAGAUGUGCACAAAGGGCAGAAGAAGGAAAAGAACAUCUAUGAGGCAGAACCUGAACCUGACUAUGAUGUUGAGAGUGAUGAGGAAAAAGCUGAGUCAGUGUCCUCCAGCUCUAGCACUAAAGUUCAUGGGACAUUCAGUCGACAGUCUAGUGCAUCUUCUCAUAAAUCUACAGGCUCCAGAAAUGCUGGUGAGAAUAAAACUGUGAUUUCAGUAGGAGGAGAGGGAUCACAGAAAAAUUCUCCUCAGAACAAACGCUACACUAUUCAUUCAGACAUACCAUCUUCUACUGCUCCUUUCUCAAAUGAUCCAUCCAGUGGAACAACCAAACUCGUGAUUCCUCCUCGCCCUCAGCAGCCAGCACCCUUGCCACCCUCAGUGCCUUCCAGUACCAGUAGUUCUCGGCGCUCAUCAGUCCAGUCUAAUAUGAGUGGAGAUCGGGAUACUUCCUCAGAUAGAAUCAAUAUUAUGCCCCCACCACCACCACCAAUAACCUCUAUUAUGGUCCAAUCAAGUCAGCCAGUAACAACCAUCACUUCCCACACCACUCCACCCCCACAAACAGCUCCCCCACCACCUCCUCCUCCUCCACCAGUAGUUGCAACACCACCUCCUCCACCUCCCCCACCGCCACCUCCUGCUUCUAACCCACCCCCUCUUCCAUCCUCCACACCACCUCAGCUACGACCAACAGCUCCAAAACCUGUUCCUCAAGGUCCACCUCUAGUGCCAACAGAUGACAUCAUGGCUGCUGUUGCUAAGAGACAAGCCAGGAUGCAGUCAGAUGGACCACUGAUGGCACCAGAUAGGCCAGCCCCUGCAGCUGCAGCUCCUAAGUCAAAACUUGAACUGAAUCAUGAAGCACUGAAGGCUGCAGUAGCCAAACGUAAAAAUUUGUUGGCCAAAGUUGAUGAUUCUGCUGUGGUGGAUACGAUUGAGUCCAGAUUGCAGAAAACAAAGAAACUACAGUCAGCCAAGUAUUUCUUCUCUAGUGACACCAUUAAUAGGAAAGAUGUGAAAGCAAUAUCACCAGAAAUUGCUGAGGAGAAACAUUCUGUGACUCCAUCUAAAGUACCAGUUGGGAGCACCAAUACAUUGAAAAGUAAAAAGACAGUUGCUGCACCACCUCCUCCAGUUAUGAAACCAGCUGCAGAGGUAAAUGCUAAGGCCACACAGCAGCCAAAAGAGGUGCCUAGCAAAUCUGUUGCAGCAAAGGAAACUCCAGCCAGUGUACCUAUUCUAACUAAAUCAGACUCUGAAUCACCCCAGCCUAGUGAUUUCCUGGCCCUGGCAGAGAAACGUAGGCAGGAGUGGCUGCAGAAGAAAUCAAAUGGCACAGAUACAGGAACCCUCAAAAAGAAUACCACAACACAAAAUCCUACAUCCACAGACUCUAACACAAACAAAAUUGAAGUGAUUCCUCUGAAAGGCUCGUCUGUUGAGAAAGAUUCUAAAGUGUCCAUCCGUGAUAGGAUUGCUAAACUUGAGAAAGCCAAUCUCAAUUUGAAUGGAGCUGUGAAAUCUGAGGGAAAUGUUGAGUUGGGUGGAGUCACUGAAGAUCACUCUCACACUGAAGCUGGUCUGACUCUCAGUCGGAAUAAGAAGGAGAAAGGUCUUCAGAAUGGAUCUAAUUACGGCUAUGUAGCCCCACCAACUGAAUUUGAGGAUGGUGGGAACAAAUCACCAACCAAUGCCCAUGGUGUCAUUCAAAUUGAUAUCAUCCCACCGCCUCCAAUUUUCGCCAAUGAGAGUAGUACAGAUGAGAGUGGUCAUGCCAAUGAACAGUUUGGGUCAGCAUUUGGUCAUGAUGAUGCAGCAAGCCUGGUGUCAUCAGUCUCCACUCUCAGCACUUUAUCCAGUGAACAUGGUGAAGCGGGGUCUCCACCAGCAAAGCAUGCUCAGCAGUAUGAUGACAUGAUCCCUCCACCACCACCAGGAUUUGAUGAUUUAGGGGAACAGAUGUACGAUGAAAUACAAGGGGAUGAAUGUAUCCCCCCUCCGCCACAGUUUGGUAACUCAGAAGGUGGCAAGCCAAAACCUAUCCGACCAUUCCAGACAAAGGCUGUAGAAUCCUGGCUGUGUACUGAUGUCAUGGAUUGGCUUGACAGUGUCAGUAUGAGCCAGUAUAGGUCGAGUUUUGCUAAGAACUGCAUUGAUGGACCCAAGCUACUGGGUCUGGGUAGAAAUGACUACAUUGAACUUGGUGUUGUUCAGGUUGGACAUAGAAUGAACCUGGAGCGAUCAAUCAAAAAAGUAGCUAUGAGGAAGACAGCACUGUGAUUGUGUUUGACUGUGAAAAUAUUGUUAUUCAGACAUGGAAAUACUUGUGAAUUUUGUGAAACUAUGAUACAGACAUGUUGUUAUGGAAACAGUGAAGUGGAUAGUGCUCAAGUCUUUCAUACUGAAAGUGUAACAGGCAUUACAUGCUAAUAGUACAUUUAAACUGUGUGGUGUGACUGUUCUGUGUGAGCAGUAUGUCUUAUACAUUCCUGGAACUAUUGAUUGGAUGACCCUUUUGAUGCAGUUAAAGGAUAUCACCCGCAUAUCAUGGAAAAACUGCAUCCAGUGUACAUAUCAUAAGAUAUUAUCAGUGCCCUAGUCACAUUGUGUUUACACACCUAACCCAACCGUUGUUUAUACUCCCAAUGUUCUCAUGCAAUAUACUCAUUGUCUGUCUGCCUGUGAACUUCCUGUCUGUGUGGACUGUCUUUCACCUGCCUGCUUUUGCCAGACGGUGUCGGGAUUGUCAAGCUAGCAUUGCCCAGUUCUUCACUUGGAUCAACAUUGCGUUUACUUUUUUGUUGUUUUGUUUGUCAGGCUAAGUUCUAAGUUGAAAAUGCUUUAGAAUCUGGUUUGACUUGGAAUAUUUUCUGGCACUUUGAUGUCUUUGAAAGGAAGCUGGCCAAUGUUAUUGUCUCUCAAGUGUCUGUUGUCAGGACCAGCAUAGGCAAAAUAUCUUUUAAUAUCUAUCUAUAUAAUAACUUUAUAAAAAACUAAUAAGAAGCAUGACCCCAGAGUUUCCAGGUCAUUAAAGGUAACUCCAUUUCUGAUUGCUGGUUGUGAAGAUUUUGGCGGAAACCUAAUGCAGUUGAAAUGCUAUGUAGAACAUAUGUCACUGCAAAACAGAAUUUUGUGAUGACAGUAUAAUGAUAGGAAAAAUAUGUGUGGAAUUCAAGUUAGGUUUUGAUAUAGGAAUUUUGGAUCAAUUCUGGAUCCAUGCCUACAUAAAUUUGUUCCAAGAAGUUUAGAUUUAGAUACUGGCAGCUACAGGCUUGUAGUCAGAGAGGUGCCAGUAACCCAACAGUAAAUGGCAACCUAAUACAGGACCAACACAACUUCUUGUUGCUGCAUAACUUCUUGUUACACUUAAUCCUUAAUAGCCAUGUUGUCAUCAAUUUAAGAUGCAUGCCAGUUUCAAUCUGUGGAAUCCAAACUGUCAAUUCUACUUUAUGCUUCACACAGUUAACAUAUGCACAUUGAUAUCAGUUGGUAGUGACUUCUAUAUUCCUAAUAUCUUUGUGUGUAUACCAAUGGGUGUAUUUUAUCAUAUUUAAUUGCCAGUCUUGUUGCAUCUUGACAUGCAAUUGUUACAAUACACGGUUCCUGAACAGAUACCUUUCCUUUGCUCUUACACUGUCACUUUGUGAUCUUAUCAUGGAUUACACAUAAACAUGAGAUUAUUACUUAUUAAUGUUAGUAAUUACUAAUAUGAUAUUGUUUUUGUCAUAUUAUCAAAACAGGUAAACAAUACCCAGAUAACAAGGUCAAUGAUGUUGAUUUCAAAUAGAUGUAUUUUACUUGAAAAUAAAGCAGAAUCAACACCUAUCUAUUCUAUGAAAUAUAAACAUAUCUAGCUGUGAUGUAGAUAUACGUUGAUAUGGGAUAAUGUAUGCACCUAUGAUAGUCUUUCAUAAGCUAUAUUUAUCAAAGUCCAGAUCUGUAUAUUUGAUAGAAUUCACAUCUAUCUGAAUAUUUUUGAAAAUAAUGACAAUUCCUCCAACAUGUACAAAGGGGGAUAACUCUUGUAUUCACUUAAAGUGUACAAAUUGAUCCAUGCUGUAUAUGCUUUGAAAGGAUCCUCACUUAAAUGAAUUUGACCAUAACAUGGUUGUGUAACUGAUUUGUGGUCAGUGAAGUAAAUAUAGUGUAAAUUUAACAUUUAAGACUUUGACUGUUGAUCACAUUUAUAUAUUUGAUUAUUCCAACUUCACCACAAUAACUUAUUGAUAAUUUGACAAAUAAUUUGAUGCAUGCACUUGUUAAUCAUUGCAGUUAAUACUGAUUUACAAUGACAGUAAUGUACCCAGUCUCCUUGUAUGUGUAUACUGAAACUACAUUUCUCUAUGCACCGAUGUUAUAUAGGGGAGCAGUGUACCUGAACAUAGUACAAUGUAUAUAACACUGUAAUGACCUUCACCUUGUAGCCUGUACAGAGAAGAGUUUUAUCACAUUUCCAGUUUGUUCACAGCAGAUCGAUAAUUGUCUUUUCUAUUAUUUAUAUACUUGAACAAUAAACUUGUGAAGGAUUGUUAUCUUAGUGGCCAUAUGUAAGAAACAAAUGUUAAUAAACUCUUCCAUGUUG